AUGCUAACUGAUGCCAGAAGCAAUCAUGAUGAUGAUGAGGAUGACGAAGCUUUCAAUAUCGAUUCAUUAUUCAAUAAUGAUGAAGAGCGAACAAGUGUUAACAAAAAUACACAUAAGCAUGUUUCUAAAAAUAAACCUAACGCAAUCAAUGAUCAAGAAGCAGCUAUUGUCACUGAUAAUGGACAAACUCAACAAAGAGUCAAUAUAAAAAAUUCAUGCGCAGAAACACUUGCAAAUGCUAAUAAUUUGUUCGAUGGUUUUAUCGUUGAACUGGACAAACUUUGUAUCAGAUGGAAAGAGUUACCUAUAGAGCAAUUGCUCAUUGUUUUUCCUGAUGUUGGAUCAGUUGAAUCUGAUAUGCUAAUUCUUAAAGAAUUCCUUCAUGCUGAUGUAGUACCUCAUUUACGCUUCAUAUUUACAUUCUGGAAAAAUCGGAAGUAUUUACACAAUGUAUGUUUUGGCUUUAAUAAAUUGUUUGAACGAUGUCAUAUUUCUUCAAAUACCGAUUUCGAAAAACGUUUUGCUGAUUUAACAGAAAUUAAUAAUCAAACUAUCAGCAGUGAAUGUUACAAUAAAUACCAACAUUAUGUAGAAACUAUCGAAAAUAUCUAUUCAAGAAAUAUACUUAAUCUAUGUGCAAAAUACAAUGUGUCAAAAGAAUUGAUCAAAUUUUUGGAAGAACUUACUACAACUGAUGCUGAUAAUCUUCUUGAAGCAGUAAACGAUUGGGACGAAACACUUAUUAGCACCAAGUCUGUCAUUGAUUUUGUUAAAUUGAAAACAUUUUUUACACGUGCUUACGCAUCUAUAGAAGAACUUCGUUCUCAUAAGGCCGAGCUCUUAUUUCAAGAUGUUGCAAAAUGUUUCGAUGAUAUUUUUAAGGAUGAUGAUUUUAAGAACGUUAUUGGAUUAUUUGAAACAUGUUCACAAUCUGUUGCAGGCAUAAAACAUCUCUAUCUUGAACUUACAAAUAAAGAACAAUCAAAACGACGAUAUAUUAUAGACAUUAUGUCACAUUCAUUAUUGCAUUUUGUCAAAAAUCUUGGUUCCGAACGUUUAUUUGAUGUGCAAAUAAAAUCAAAAAAUCUUACUUUUGAUGAUUUAAGUGAAUUACGCGAUCGCGCUCGAUUAAUUCAAUAUUCAAAUGCACACAAAAAAAAUCAAGAUCACAAUCUAGAAAUUCAAAAAUUAGAAUCAUUUGUCGAAUUGGUUGGCGUAAUUGAAGGCGUACUAAAAAAUCUUUCGUCUCUCUACAUCGCAGGUUUUCCAACAGUAACUGAAAUUAUUAAUAAUCAAGGAUGCACAUGUAAUGAAGGGAACUAUGAUGAUCUUCGUCAUUUAUAUGCCACACUUGAAGAAAAACUUUCACUAUGGGAACGACAAUUAUGUCAAAUGUAUGAAAUCUAUCCUGAAUUAACUUAUUUCUCAUAUGAGCAAUUUCAAACAGUAGAAAGUUUCAUUUACAAUGUCAAAUUUGAUGAAAAACAUCCAGGAUAUCAUCUACUCAAAUAUAUUGGAUUCGAACCAGCUUUACUUCAACAAGUCGAAUUGCCGACGAAAUCUGCUGAUGAAAAUAAACGUUUAGAAAAUUUGGGUAAAAUUUUGACAACACAACGAUCUGUAUCUGAUGAUCUUGAAGAAAUGAAAGAAGAUUCUAUAGUUCAUACCGUAAGUGUUUUUUGUCGUUCAUAA